AUGAUAAUACAACGAUAUCAUCGUUCAUUAUUUAAACUUUUUAUGUUUUUUGGUUUACCAUAUAGUACUACAAUGACAACAUCAAAUAACAAUAAUUAUCAAUUCUUCGAAAAAAUUUCAGGUUAUGAAAAUCGAAAAAAUGAUGUAUUAUUUUUUCCAAAUUCAUCUAAUCUACCAACAAAAAAUAUUGUUUAUUAUUUUGGUGGAGAUAUUCAGGAUUUACCUGAACAGAUGACUUUAUCUAGAGAAAAUCGACAAUAUCAACGUUGGAAUUUAGUAUCAACUGGCGAAAUUCUUUCUCGACGUUUUCCAGAUACUUCAAUUGUUAUUGUGCGACCAAAUGAAAUGAAAGAUGGAAUUUUUUCAAGAUUUUCUAAUUUUGUACCUAAAACCACUGAUUAUGGUGAUCCGAUUUCAUAUGAUACAACUAAUCUAAUUGGUCUUCAUCAUUUACAAGAACUUGAUAAACAAAUUAUAAAGUCAUCAAUAUCUUCAUCUGAUAUUACUUUAAUUGGUUUUAGUAAAGGUUGUGUAGUAUUGAAUCAACUUCUUCAUGAAUUAACUAGUUUAAGAAUGAUGAAAAUCGAAAAUGAACUAUCAAAAUUUGUAUCACGUAUUCGUAAAUUUAUUUGGCUUGAUGGUGGACAUAAUAAUGGAGAGCGAACAAUGAUCUGGCCAACAGAUGAAAAUCUUCUAUUAACUUUUGCACAUUUUCAAAUCGAAGUAGAAAUUUAUGUUACACCAUUUCAAAUAAAUUCAAUGAAUCCAUAUAAACAUAUUCAUACUGAACAAUAUAAAAAAUUUUCUCAAUUAUUACCAUGUCAAUCAAUAAAUAAAAUGUUUUUUGAUAAUGAAAAACCUUCCAUAGAUAAACAUUUUGAAUUAUUAAAUAUAUUUUAA